GUACCAGGCGGGCAGCGUGGGCCAGGAAGUUGCCCCCGUGCAGGGGACAUGCUCACCUCUAUGCGACCUUGAGCAAGUUCCUCCCUGUCUGGGCCCCAGGCUCCAAGGGACAGAGCCGGCUUGGGGGGAGCCUGGGGGCUGGGGUCGGGGUAGACCCCAGGAGUGCUGUGAAUCCCGGGAGGGCUGGGUCUCAGGGCACCCCUGGCCCACGCCGCCCUGCCAUCCUGCUCCCGGGCUGCCACCGCCGCGAGGCAUCCACCUGCUCCUCGGCCUUCCCUCCGGCCCAGGGAGCCCCUUCCCCUAGUGCUCCUGGCAACAUCCUUCCCACCCCUGACGUGCUCUGGGCCCUUUCCUGGGGGGUAAAUCAAGGAGGGGAGUGAGAUGUGCUCCGCGAGGCCAUCCACAGGGCCAGGAAGAUCAGAGGAAAUGAAAGGCCCUCUCCCCCUGUAGGAGGAGCUCGUCGCCCCCAGACACACCCCGGGGCCAGCAGGCAGUGGAUGCAGCCUGUGCCUGCCACCACCCGGCCGACACUCCAAGGGGUCCCAGGGAGACUGGGCACAAAGGGAGGGUCAGGUUGAGAGGGCAACAGGGACCACUCAUGGCCCCCAGGGCAACAGCAGCCAGGAGCCACUGGCCCUCCCCGGUGCAGAGGAAUGAGGGGAGGGGCCAGUCCCAGAGGCCGGCUGGAGCCGCCGUGACGGGAGAAGGCUGGUGACAUGGAUGCAGCUGCUGCCAUGGUGGCCCAGGCGUCAGGUGUGGCAGAACAGGUGGCCUGACUGCUGAACCUCUCACCCUCAGGUCUUGGCCAGUGGAAGCCUUUAUAGGAUCCUUAUGGGACCCAGGACACAAACAGGGUGGUGGAGAGGGGGCCUGGGUCUGGAUGGAGAAUGUCUGGCCCAGUGCCAAGCUCCUGUCACCUCCUCGUCCCGCAGAGGCGGCUGACACGGCAUUUCCCGGACUCCCUUGCGACUGAAGUGCCGUGGUGUGCUGGGGUACCGAGUAAGGUCAUGAGGGUGAAGCCCGCAGCUCCGGCCAUACGCUGUGCUCCACACCCCGCGCCCUGGCAGCCUCCUCAGAAGGUCCCCCCGAGGCCCCCUCUCUGCAGCCCACAUUUCCUUCCUGCUGAUUGUGCCGUCUGAUCAAGGCCUGUCACCCCAGUGGGACUCAGCCACAGGGGUCAGCAUGGCUCCCACACACAGCACAGUGGGGCCGAGGGAGGGGCCCUCAACCUGGCCUCAAAGACGGAAGGAGUGAGUGAAUCUGGGGAAUACGGUCUCCUUCCUCUGGCCUCGCCGCCCCUCUGAGGUGGUGGAGAAGCGGUCUGGGGCCUCGUCCUGGGGUGGCUGAGAAAUGGCCCCUGCCCCGGGCAGGCUCUGCCUUCCCGAAGCAGAAAGAAGGCCAAAGGGAGCGGGAGGGUGGGGGCUGGAGAUUGGGACCUGCCCCGCCCUGGGGCCCUGCAACCAGGAAGCUACUGGUGUUGACAGUGGGUGGCCACCCCCCCAACCCCAGCCAGCAGAGCCAUAUAAAGCUGCCCAAGGUCUGCUCCCCGCUGCCCGCCCGCCACCAUGAAGGCUGCCCUCCUUGCCCUGCUAGCCGCUGUCUUGGCCCUGCGGCCAGGCACCGCCCUGCAGUGUUACUCCUGCCAGGCCAAGGUCAGCAACGAGGACUGCCAGCACGUGCAGAACUGCAGCCACUCUGAGACCCAGUGCUGGACCGCGCGCAUCCGUGCUGUGGAUCUCCUGACCUUCAUCAGCAAGGGCUGCAGCUCGCACUGUGUGGAGGACUCAGAGAACUACUACGUGGGCGAGAAGAACGUCACGUGCUGCUCUACCGACCUGUGCAACGCCAGCGGGGCCCACGCCCUGCAGCCGGCCGUUGUCACCCUGACGCUGCUCCCCGCUCUUGGCAUGCUGCUGUUCUGGGGCCCCGGGCAGCUGUAGGAUCCAGGAGGACCCUGUGGUGUCCCAUGCUGGGCAGUGGUGCCCAGGGGCCCGGGGGGCACUCCUCACACACACCCAGUCCAGUCACGGCCCCUUCUGAACCCUAACUCAGGUCGGGCGAUGCCCCUCUGCCCUUUCCAGCCCCCCGGCUCCCUCCAGGACUCCUGCCCAGCUCCCACCGCCCGGCAGGCCGCGCUCUGUGAUGGGGAACAGCAUGCAGAUGGCCCAUCAGACCCCUUCCCAAUAUUCCGACCCACCACUUAACCUUCACUCAGGCACCUCUUCCUCCAGGAAGCCUUCCCUGCCUGCCUCCUCCACAAGGUGAGCCAGGUCCUGCCCGUGGUGUCCCCCUCGCCCAGCAUGAAGCAGGCUCUCAGGAGGGCCCCGAAAAGGCUGAGAGGAAACGUUCCGAGUAGGAUUAGGGUCAGGGGUGUGAGGUCCUGGGAGCCCCAAGAGAUGAAGCUUGGAGGGGGGACCAGCUCUCCAUGUUCAUGGGGGUCCUGGGGCAGCAACCCCAGCACACAGUAGGCCCUUAAUAAAGGCCCAUGGGCUUGGUUGCAGAGAGCCCGCUCUUCCAUGCCUGCAGGCCGAGAUCAAGGUUGGGGUCCAGGGCUGUGAAGGGUUGCCACCUGGGGCCACGCCUGUGGCUGUGGCCGUGCCCUUGGCUCCGGCCAGGGCAGGAGCAAAUGUCUGACUCCUGGAAGGGAGGACAUCGCUGCAAGGCCGCGUCCCUGGGGCCUCCCGGCUCUUGCUGUGUGGCCUCGCACAUGUUGCUCAACCUCUCUGAGCCUCAGAUGCUCACUGGGACCCAUCUCUGCCGUGAGGACUGACCCAGAGACUUCAAGGCAUGGAGACAUUUCUGGGUGGGAGGGGCCGCUGCUGCUGCAUGAGGCCGCCAGAACCCCUGCCCUGUCCUCUCCCUUCAGCUUGAGGACAGCCCCCCUGUCUGUUUCUUCAAUUUCUUAUUUUGUUUGUUGUAAGGGCUUCACACCCAGAGCAAAACAUUCAAACUGUACAAGAGGGUCUCUCUCCAGUGCUGAGCCAGUUCCCCAACCCCGACCGCGGGCCCCUCCCCUCUCUAGGAUGCUCCCAUCGCACGCUUGGGGCUCCUUCCGGGGUAACUAACGGUGAGGCCUGGGGGAGCCCCAGGCGACAUGGCCCCUGCCUGGCCUUUUUCAUACCUGGGAAAGUCCUUUUGAAAACCCAGCUGGCCCCUGCCCUCGGGCGCCAGGGCUCAGGGAGGGCCGGGCCCUGGGCGAGACCCGCCUGCACAGGAUGGUGCUUCCGGCCCGCGCCAGGCGCUGGGUGGCAGAUGAGGCAGGAUUAGAGCCCGGGCCCUGGAGGGACCCUCCCGGUUGGCACAGCAGCAGGUGGGGUGGGGCCACGCUCACCAGAGUCCAGGCCCGGGCACGGGGAGCCCCAGGCAGCCCAGUGUUGCGGGUGGUGACGUCGGGAGGGCAGAGGAGACCAGAGGCCCCCGCGCUCAGAGCCCACGACAACCCACACCUUAGCGCCUCCCUGUUGGAGGGGUGCUCCGCCCUGGGGCCGAGGCUCGUGGAGGUGAGGUGCCCUGGGCCCCAGUGGUUUGAAUUCUCUGGGUCAACGUGAGAGGAGAGAGACGGCAGGUGGGAGGCCUGACCACGCUCCCCACGCCCUGUAACCCGGGGCCUCCUCUUGCCUCCUGAGCCGUCCCUGAGGUCACGCAGCCUGGAGCCUCCAGAACAAGGACAGGCCCCGGGAGGCGCAGGAGCCUGCUCUGCUCCCGACCCAGCACCUCGGGGCAGAAGUCUCCCCCUCCUGCAGGAUGGAGGGCUGACGGGGGCUCUGCCUCUCCAAGGGUGAGGACAGCAUGGGGGCCACCUGCAGGGGCAGCCCAGGGUCCCUCAGCCGGCCCAACGCAGGGUCUGGACUGGGAUCCCCACCCGCUCCACCCACACCAUUUCAUCGUCAGAAACUAUGGGAAAGCAAGAAAGAGGAAGUGCAGAACCCUCUCCCCAAGCCCUAGGAUGGUAUCCGUCCCCAUUUUCACCCUCAUGGUGAUGCUUCUUGUGCAAGAAUAAGGAGCAUGCUGUGAGUUUACACACCCGGUCACACUCUCUUCAGGAAACCAAUUUUUUUUUUUUAAACCUCUAUCUCUCCUUGGUAAGGACUAGACACCCCGUGGCGGCUGAGGUGAUGCUCCGGACAGACCAACGUGUUUUUGUUUUUAAGAUGCCACUUGCUGAGCACCUUCCGUGGGAGAGAUACUGUCCUGGUCUGUCCGCAUCUAUAGUAAUAGGUGACGACAAGAGCAGACAUGGCGUAGCGCUCACCACGGGCCCGGCACUCCUCUGCCGCCUCCCAUGCAGCCGGACCGUCUCCGGGGCUGAGGUUGAUGACUGGUCUGGCUCCCUGGGGAUGUCCCCACCCUCCCCACUGGACUCCAGCUGCAGCAGGGAGUCAAGCUAGAUGGGAAGGAGAGCGGGUCUCCAGUGGGUGCUGUGCAGUCCUAGAGUACCCCAGGGGGCCCUUCCUGAGUCAGAAGAGAGGCAGAGUUCUUGCCCAAGCGCCCACAGCUGCAGGGCACAGAGCUGGGACCCCAUCCACCCACCCCACAAAAGCUGUGGGGUGUUGGGGCAGCCCUCAGGUGAGCAGUUCGCCUGUGCCCAAUGCUUGGACCACCACCGUGGCCCGCUGCCUGAACAUGAGCACACGCCCUGGGGGCCCAGGCCUGCCUCACCAGGGACGCUGGCUCGGGGACUCGCCCUGGACAGACAGCACCCAGAAAAGAACCCCAGCACAGGAAUAAUCGAGUCGGUCUCCCCCAGGGCUGCGAUAGAGCUACCCUCUGUUAGGGAGACCGCCCCCUUUUUACGGAACUGAGUUUCAGGUCCACGACGGGCCGGCCCCCCAGCUCGCACUGCGGACAAACAGGUCUGCGCCCUCGCGACCCUGGUUCUGUCCCGCCCGCAGGCUACCCCUUCGUGGCACUGUGGUGGUGACCAAGGCGUGCGCGGACCCACGCGAGCCCUCGAACGCGGACGGGCUGGGCCAGAAGGGCCCGCAGAGCUGCUGCCGCCGGGA